UUUGUAUACAAUGUGCGCAGAAGAUGGCAAGUGCUCACGUGUUGGAUGAGGUUAGGGAGAAGUUUGAAAAUUUUAUUAAGAAACCAGAAAAUUACUUGAAGGUUCAGAAUGAGCUAGCUGAUAGUAUAAAGUUGCUAGUAAAGACUUUAUAUGAUUACACGAAAUCAGCAGAAGAUGGAUCAUGUGGAGACGCUUUACCAGAGCUUAUUAUACAAGACUUUGACGAAGAACAAAUUUGGCAACAGCUGGAACUUCAGAAUGAAGCAGUUUUUGGCAACUUUAUUGAUAAAAUUGCUUUUUUUACUGCGUGCAAGAAGCGAUUACAAUUCCCGACGACUAGGAGCAUUGAGGACGAUUCAUUCACGACAGACGAUAACCCAGAAAACCAUCAAAGCGGUCGUCAUGAAUCGUAUAGUAGUGAAAAUGGCAGUGACGACGAGGUUUUCUCCGAUCACGGAGACGUACGUGUUAGGAAACCGAAUAGGGAAGAAGAGGGUUGCUCCUCUGACCCCUUAGAAGAGAAAGAUGCAGAAGAAAGCGAAUCACCAAGACGCGGCAGAAAUAUGACAAAGUUGCAGAGAGCCAGUGGAGGACAGAAAACAUCAGUUGUGGAUGAUAAAUUCUUUAAAUUGGGAGAGAUGGAAGAGUUCCUAGACAAGGAAGAUAGGAAAGAAAACUCAAACAACCGCCUGAAUUCAAAGAAAAUACCUGGGGACAAGUCAGAUGGGCAGUUAAAUGAUGAUGAUGAUGACGACAAUGAUGAUGUUGAGUCAAUAGAUUACUUUGAGGACAUGCCUUCUGAAGACAGCAAUGACGAAGGAUCUGCACUCAGAGCAAAGUAUGGAGAUUUCUUUGAUGAACCAGAUUUAGGAGGGCGCACAACUGACCGAACACACAUUGAUGACCAAGUAAAUGGAAGAAGUAACAAGAGGAGUGUAAGGUUCAGUCUGCCAGCUGAAGAAGAAGAAGAAGAAGAAGAAGAAGAAGAAGAUGAUGAUGAUGAUGAUGAUGAUGACACAGAAAGAAACAUAGAGCAAUUGCAGGGAAAUGAAAUUAAAUGCACAGAUAUAGGGACCAAAAAGGCUGUUGCUGUCAGUGAGGAGACUACCUUGUCUAGUCUUGAACGAAGGAAGGCACGACUAGAUGAAAAGGUAGCCAAACUAGAACAACAAGCACUUUCUGAAAAACCAUGGCAACUUAAAGGUGAAGUUGGUGCUGACACUCGUCCCCACAAUUCACUGCUGGAGGAAGCAGUUGAAUUUGACAGCGUCACAAGACCAGCUCCUGUGCGAACUGAGAAGACCACUCUGAAAUUGGAGGACAUAAUUAGACAAAGAAUUAAAGACCGUGCUUGGGAUGAUGUAGUGAGGAAGCAGAAACCAGUAGAAUCUCCUCAUGAAUAUAGAAAGAGACUCAUCCUGGAUCAGGAAAAGAGCAAACUGAGUCUUGCUGAGGUGUAUGAGCAGGAGUACCUAAAGCAGAAAGAAAAAACAUCUAACGAUGCAGCACCUGGGCAGGAGAAGCCAGAAGAAGAGCCUGCAGAACAUCGUGAAAUCCGCACCCUCAUGGCAAAUUUAUUUUCCAAGCUUGAUGCAUUAUCAAACUUUCAUUACACUCCUAAAAUGGUUGCUCCUGAAGUGAAAGUAGUAACAAAUCUCCCAGCAGUUUCUGUUGAGGAGGUGGCACCUGCGGCUACUAGUGAUGCAACUUUACUUGCACCAGAAGAAGUCAAAUCAAAACCACGCGGAGGUGGAGACAUUGCUAGCACGGCAGAGAAGACUGCCACUGACCGAAAAAGGGAGCGUCGUCGUAAGAAGAUGGCACAGAAGAGGCGUGCCCAGAGAAUGGUGGAGAAGCAAAAGGUGUCUGGUGUACUGGUUAGAGGCAGUAACAUCUCAAAGUUGGAAGAUUCUGGUGCUGAUCGUGGCAUUAAGUCAUCCACUGCAUUCUUCAAUCAACUACAAGAUGAAGUCCGGGGCCAGGUGCAGAGGCUCAGUGCAGCAAAACGGGAUGCUAGUGUUGCACACCAUUCAGCUAAUGCCAAGAAAUUGAAACUAUAAAAAACAAGUGUCCCUGGAGCUUCGUGGUUGAACUAUGAAAGGUUAAUUUCUUCCCCUGACAGUUCGGGUCAACACUUGCUUCUGAAGUGAACUCCAUCAAAAUAGUGGUAACUUAUCUUCUUUACUGUUUAUACAGCUGUUCUGUAAAUAAUCACUGUAUUUUUAUACGUAAAGAUUGUAUAAACUAUGGUAUCAAUCAUA